AUGGCGGAUUCGAUAGAUAUGAAGAGAAUGAGCGAAUCCAAGCAAGAUGAUAAUGAUAAUGAUGUGAUGCCUCAGCAGGACGGCGCCAUGAAAAAAACUCGUUGUUUAGAGUCUUCGGGAAAACCAGAUCAUAUCUCUACGUUGGAAAAUAAAGAAUCCAAGGAUGUUAACAAUGAACAGAAAGUAGUUAAAGAGGAGCUCCAAGGACGAAACACUCAAAACGAAGAAUGUUAUAACGUCAAUCCAGUUGAUAAAGAAAUUUUCAUGUAUUCAAUUGACCACGGAGCAGACGUUUACUUCAAGCACGAGGAUGGUGGAACAGUUUUAUGGAUUGGAACGAGAAAUGGUUUAGUCGAUCUUGUUAAAUAUUUUGUUCACAAUGGUCCAGAACAAAAUUUCCACGCAGAUAGUGUCGCUCUGAAAAGUGCAAUACAGUCUCGAUCGUUAGAAAUUGUGAAAUAUUUUGUUGAAGAUUGUGGUGCUGACAUAAAUAUUAAAGAUGAGUCGGACAAAACUGCUUUACAUCAUGCUGUUGAUGAUGGUGUAACAGACAUUGUCAGAUAUUUAGUUGAAAAAUGUGGUGCUGAUGUGAAUGGAAAUGAUACUGGCGGGUGGGCAGUGUUUCACGCUGCUAUUUCAAAAGGUACGCUAGGAAGCGCGGAAUAUCUUGUCGAAAAAGGAGCUGAUAUAAAUGCAACAAAUCAUAGUGGUUGGACAGCGCUACACAGUGCUGUUACUGAAGACACGCUAGAAAUGGGCGCUAAGGUAAAUGGCGAGGAUACUGGCGGGUGGACAGUGCUGCACUCUGCUGUUACUGAAAGUACACUAGAAAUGAUAAUAUAUCUUAGUGAAAAUGGCGCUAAUGUAAAUGGCAAGGACACUGAAGGGGUGACAGUGCUGCACAAGGCUGUUUCUAAAGGCACUCUAGAAAUAGUGAAACAUCUUUUUAAAAAAGAAAGAAACGGUGCUGAUAUAAAUGGCAAGAACGCCGGCGGAGUGACGGUCCUGCACACAGGUGUUACUAAAGGUGCGCUAGAGAAGGUAAAAUAUCUUCUUGAAAAAGGCGCUAACGUGAAUAGCAAGGAUCUUGAUGGGUGGACAUUGCUGCACACUGCUUUCUUUAAAGGUACUGUAGAGAUGGUAAAAUAUCUUGUUGAAAAGGGCGCUGAUAUAAAUGGCAAAAACAAUUCUGGGGUGACAGUGCUGCACACUGCUGUGCUGCACACUGCUGUUACUGUGGGAAAGCUUGAAAUGGCAGAAUAUCUUGUUGAAAAUGGCGCUGAUGUUAAUGAGAAAAAUACAAAUGGGUGGACUGUGAUGCACUCUGCUGCUACAGAAGGUACGCUGGAAAUAGUAAAAUAUCUUGUUGAAAAUGGUGCAAAUGUAGAUGGCAAGGAUAUUGAAAGGAAUGUCAAUGGAAAGAAGUCUAACGGGAAGACAGUGCUGCACUCUGCUGUGACUAAAGGUGCGAUGGAAAUUGUGAGAUAUCUGGUUGAGCACGGUGCUGAUGUGAAUGGUAAAGAUGCUGAUGAAUCGUCAGUAUUGCACAUUGCUGUGGAUAGUGGUACAUUGGAAAUUGUCCAGUAUUUAGAUGAGCAGGGUUCUGACGUAACUCUUGAAAGUAAAAAGAACUUUCAUUCUCUUGGUAUUGACAUCCUGGAGAUGGCUAUUGUGAACAAUUCAGUUGUCUUGGUCAAUUUUUUGUUGGAAAAGGAUAUUGCUGUGUGGAGAAUUGGGACAUUUCUUGUUGAAGGAAGGCAAAUGAGUCUUAUUGAAUGGCGUAUUUAUAUUGGUCAUGUUGAAAUUGCAGUUAUCCUCAAAAGCUCCAUAAAACAUCGUCAGAAAAUUCAAAAUGUUAAAAACAUUCAAUUGCAACCAGUUAGAGAAGGUAAUUAUUAG